AUGAAUAAUGUUUUUAGCUUUUCUAUUCUUGGUAAAUUAAAUAUAAGGACUCAACUCAAUUCGGCUUAUCGCAAUGAUCUAAUUAAACAUAAUAAUCAAGUGGAUAAGAAUCGAUAUGUAUUGAAUAAAAUUAUUAAUUGUAUAAGGUUUUGUGGAGCAUUUGAGUUAGCCUUAAGGGGUCACGAUGAAAAGGAAAAUUCGGAAAACAGAGGCAUAUUUAAGGAGCUGGUGAAUUUUAGCGCCGAAUUAGACAACGAAUUGAAAGUCCAUAUUCAAAGUGCCAAACUUUUCAAGGGUACCUCAAAAACAACUCAAAACGAGCUUCUUGAGUGCAUGCUAGAUGUUUAUCAUGAAGAAGUUAAGAAGGAGAUUGCAAAUUCUCCUUUUGUUGCAGUAAUUGCCGAUGAAACGACUGACGUAGCCUGUGAAUUUCAGUUAGUUAUUAUUUUCAGAUAUUUGUGUAAAGGACAACCAGUUGAGAGAUUUUGGAGAUUUUACGUCCCCGACGGACACGAUGCCAAAUCAAUCGCUGCAUGCGUUUUAAAUGUUGUAAAUCCAUUACUAGAUCAAAAUCCAAACAAAUUAAUAGCUCAAAGCUAUGAUGGUGCGUCUGUUAUGAGUGGUGAAUUGAAUGACGUUCAAAAAAUUAUUAAGGAAACUUAUCCACUUGCAAAUUAUGUUCAUUGCUAUGCACACCAGUUAAAUCUAAUUAUGACAAGCGCAUGCUCUGUCAAUAAGCAGGCUAGAAUAUUUUUCCAUAAUUUAUCUGGAUUGUGCUCUUUUUUUUCGACGUCUCCUCAAAGAACAAAAAUUUUGGAUGAAAUAGUUAAUUGCAGAUUGCCAAGAUCUUCCCAAACACGUUGGAAUUUUCAGUCACGAGGUGUUCAUACAGUUUAUGAAAAUAGGAAAGACCUGAAGUUAUAG